AUGUCUUCCACCACCUUUAAAGUGCUCACACUGAUCAUAUCUGUUGUUACCAUCGUGCAAAUAUCAUCUGCUGGUGAUCCUGACAUCCUCAGUGACUUCAUAGUCCCUCCUAACACCACACUUGAUGGCAACUUCUUCACCUUCACAGGCUUCCGUGCCAUAUUUUCCCCCACAACUCUCUCAGCUUUCAGAAUACUGAAGGCAAGCAAGGCAGAAUUCCCAGCUCUUGAUGGACAAAGUGUCUCAUAUGCAGUCCUUGAAUUCCCAAGUGGCAGCAUCAACCCUCCACACACACACCCUCGUUCUGCAGAGCUUCUCUUCACCAUUCAGGGUUCCCUUCAAGUGGGGUUUGUGGACACAACCAAUAAGCUCUUCACUCAGACACUACAAACUGGAGACAUGUUUGUGUUCCCAAAGGGUCUCGUGCACUUCCAACACAAUGUGGAUCCUAAGAAACCUGCAGUGGCUAUAUCUGCCUUUGGAAGUGCCAGUGCUGGGACUGUUUCAAUUCCUAACACUCUCUUCAACACCACCAUUGAUGACAAUGUCUUGGCUUUGGCGUUCAGGACUGAUGUUGCCACCAUUCAAACUUUGAAGAAAGGCUUUGCUUCCUAA